AUGUUGAAGCUCACGGCGGUUGUUGCGCUCCUGCUGGGCGCGGCGUCUGCUUCGCCAACACCUAGUCCUCCUGCCAGUGAUGAGGGCAUUACGAAGCGUGCGACUAGUUUCUACUACCCUAACAUGGACCAUGUCAAUGCUCCUCGGGGUUACGCUCCUGACCUUGAUGGCAACUUCAACUACCAAGUCUAUCAGACAGUCAACCCAGGAGAUGGAGGUGCUCUCCAGCGAGCUAUUACCAGUGAUGGAAGUGGCUCUCGUCACCCACAGUGGUUUGCAUCACAGCCACGUGUUGUUUAUAUCCCUCCGGGAACAUAUACCAUUUCUCAGACUCUGAGAUUCAACACCGAUACCGUGUUGAUGGGUGACCCCACAAACCCUCCCAUCAUCAAGGCCGCUGCCGGCUUCUCUGGUGACCAGACUCUUGUCAGCGGUCAAGAUCCCACCACCAACGAGAAGGGAGAGCUUUCUUUCGCCGUUGCUCUCAAGAACGUUAUUCUUGAUACUACUGCCAUUCCCGGUGGUAACCAGUUCACUGCCCUGUGGUGGGGUGUUGCUCAAGCUGCUCAGCUGCAGAAUGUCAAGAUCACAAUGGCUUCGUCCCAGAACGGCAACGGCCACACUGGUAUCCGAAUGGGCCGCGGUUCCACCCUCGGUCUCGCUGAUGUUCGCAUUGAACGUGGUCAGAACGGUAUUUGGAUUGACGGCCAUCAGCAGGCUGCUUUCCACAAUAUUUAUUUCUAUCAAAACACCGUUGGUAUGCUCAUCAGCGGCGGCAACACCUUCAGCAUCUUUUCAUCCACAUUCGACACCUGCGGCACCGGAAUUUCCAACACGGGCGGUGCUCCAUGGAUUGCCCUGAUUGAUGCCAAGUCAAUUAACUCUGGUGUUACUUUUACCACCACCGGAUGGCCCUCGUUCAUGAUUGAGAACUUGACCAAGGACAAUGGCACCCCUGUUGUUGUCGCCCGAGGCUCUACCCUGGUUGGUGCUUCCAGCCAUGUUAACACUUACUCUUACGGAAAUACUGUCGGUAGAAACCCUACUUACGGCGAUGUUACGUCCAGUAACACGAGGCCUAGUGGUCUAGCUCCCGGUGGUCGCUACCCCUAUGUUGCUCCCCCCACCUAUGGAGAUCUGCCCAUCUCGAGCUUCCUCAACGUGAAGGACCCUGCGCAGAACGGCGGGAGGACCGUCAAAGGCGAUAAUACGUUGGAUGAAUCUGGGACCCUGAAUGCCAUUCUGGAACUUGCUGCCAGCCAGAACAAGGUUGCCUAUUUCCCCUUUGGCAAGUACCGUGUGGAUUCUACGCUUUUUAUUCCUAAAGGAUCACGUAUCGUCGGUGAGGCUUGGGCCACAAUCACCGGUAAUGGCAACUUCUUCAAAAACGAAAAUAGCCCACAACCCGUUGUCUCAGUUGGUCGUCCAGGUGAUGUGGGAGUUGCUCAGAUCCAAGAUAUGCGUUUUACAGUGUCUGAUGCCCUCGCCGGAGCCAUAAUCGUGCAGUUCAACAUGGCUGGCAACAACCCUGGCGAUGUUGCUCUUUGGAACUCGUUGGUGACCGUUGGUGGCACCCGAGGUGCUUCGGCCCUGACCAACGCCUGUGGCAACCCCGGAAACGAAUGUAAGGGUGCUUUCAUCGGUAUUCACCUUGCUAAAGGAUCAUCUGCCUAUAUUCAGAAUGUUUGGAACUGGGUUGCAGAUCACAUCGCCGAGAGCUUCAGUGGAGGCUCUUCGAUCGCCGGAAAAGGUGGUGUGCUCGUUGAAUCUAAUGGAAAUAAAGGAACCUGGUUAUAUGCCCUUGGAAGUGAGCAUUGGUGGUUGUAUCAACUCAAUUUGCACAAUGCCAACAACGUGGUUGUGUCUCUGCUUCAGUCCGAGACCAACUAUGAACAGGGCUCCAACACUCAGCAGAUUCCCCCUGCUCCUUGGGUUGCAAAUGUUGACACCUGGGGAGACCCUAACUUCUCUUGGUGCAACGGUGGCGAUAAAAUUUGUCGCAUGGGUUUCGGAAACUACAUCAACGGAGGUUCCAACAUCUACACCUAUGCCUCUGCUUCAUGGGCUUUCUUCAGUGGCCCUGGCUACCAGGGCUGUUCUCAAUUCAACUGUCAACAAACCAUGCAUUGGAUUGCUAAGACCCCAAGCAACCUUCAGGCAUAUGGAAUAUGCUCCAAGGAUUCCGUCAACACACUGCGUCUCGGUGAUGGAACAUUUAUUAAUACCCAGAAUGGAUAUACUGGCAGUUGGUCACCAGGAGGCGGUGAUGUCGGCCGUUAUACCACGUAA